CUGUCUACUGCAUACACACUGUACGAUCUGUGGGGACUUGUGUUCAGAACUAUGAUAUGAGGCUUACAAGUGGAUUUUAAAGCUGAUUUGAAGCACAAUGAUCAGUGGUGAAAAUGAAGCUCCUCAAAAACAUUCCAAUAAUCCUCUUUCUGACAUAUUUCAGCCUGAGUGAAGAACUACAGAGAGCACCAAAAAUUAUAACAUUGCUUGAGACAGUGGACACAUCUCUGGAUCAUAAUGCUACUUUUAUAUGUGAGGUUGAUUCAUACCCUCAAGCUGAAAUCACAUGGACACAGAAUAAUUACCCAAUACGGUAUUACGAUUCUAGAUACGUCAUACGAGAAAGUGGCCAAAUGCUGAUCAUUCCCAAUGUGAAGGGUUCAGAUAAUGGAGAAUAUUGCUGCAUUGCUAAUAACGGGGUUGGAGAAGCAGCCAAGAGCUGUGGUGCUUUACAACUGAAGAUGAAGCCACAAAUCAAAAGACAUCCUACGAACAUGACAUUGCUUCUGGAGUCAAAGGCUGUGCUGCCAUGUGUAACCUUAGGAUAUCCUAAACCAGAAAUAUCCUGGAUUAAAAAUGAUGAUUUGAUAAAGGUUAAUAAUCGUAUAUCAGUUUUGGAAUUUGGUGCCCUAAAAAUUAAUAACAUCAAGAAAGAGGAUGCCGGGCAGUAUCGCUGUGUGGCCAGAAAUAGUUUUGGGGUCGCUUUCUCCAAACCAGUUACCAUCGAAGUACAAGCUCCUGCCAAAAUACUGAAAGUUCCCAAAGAGAAGAAAGUUCAGAUCGGAUCAGAAGUUGUGUUAGAGUGUAAUGCCACUGGCAACCCAAUCCCUUCUAUAACCUGGCUUGAAAACGGCAAUACGAUUUCAGGAGCGUCAGUGGAGGAGACACUGGUGGAUGAGGUCAUAGUGUCUGUUCUCCGUGUGGUGGUGCAUAAACCUGCUCUCUACACCUGUCAAGCUACUAACCAGCACAGUGGAGGAGCCAACACCGUUAAAGCCACAGCAAAAAUAACUGUUACAGAAUGGAGACUGUACAAAGGUAAUUCUGGUUACUGCAGUACGUACAGAGGUGACAUCUGUCGGGGUCUUCUCCGGCAAGACGCUCUGGUCUUCUUCAACUACUCUCUGCCGAACCCAGAGGAUGCGCAAGAAUAUCUUGCUCAGAGCACAUGGGGGGAGCUGGAAGGUGUGAGUUCAUUCUGCAGGCCUGCUGCGAGAUCGCUGCUUUGCCAUGCAACCUUCCAGGACUGUAAUCCAUCUGGACUGGGACCAGCACCUAAACCUGUCUGCAGGGAGCACUGUCUGGCAGUGAAGGAGCUGUACUGUUAUAAGGAGUGGCGUUCUGAAGAGGAAAGAUCUCAUCAAGGGUUCCCACAUAGCCUGAGCAUCACUCUCCCAGAAUGCACCUCUCUACCCAGCCAGCAAACAGACCCAACCUUAUGUACAGCUGUUCCAUAUGUUGAUAUCAAGAAAGACCAAGUUACAACAACAUGUUACAAUGACAGAGGACGGUUUUACCAAGGAACCCACAACAUCACAGCAUCUACUAUUCCUUGCCAGAGAUGGAACCAACAGAAUCCUCAUCAACAUCGGCUCUCUGUAGACGUAAUUCCUGAGUUGCGAAAUGCAGAAAACUACUGUCGUAACCCAGGAGGAGAGAGUGACAGGCCAUGGUGCUACACCACUAGCCCCAGUGUGCGCUGGGAGUACUGCUUGGUGCCCAAAUGUGGAGAAGUUCCCAGAGUUAAGACUGCACCCUCAAUUCCAAAACCAGUCCAGUUCUACCCACCCCCUCCUGUGUCCACUGCCUACUCGAUGAGUGUUAUCAUCUUUGUCAUUGCUGGCUUCGCUGGGGCAGCCUUCUUCACCAUACUCGUCCUCAUGUGCCACAGACGAAAGAAAAUGUGGAAAAAACGAAAAAGUAGGGUGAUGGAGACCCCCACCUUGACGGCUCUCCCCUCUGAGCUUCUACUGGACAGACUUCAUCCCAACCCCAUGUACCAGCGUCUGCCUCUCCUGCUCAACUCCAAGCUCCUUAGUCUUGAAUACCCGCGCAACAACAUUGAAUAUGUCCGUGACAUUGGAGAGGGGGCCUUCGGGAGGGUCUUUCAGGCAAGAGCUCCUGGUCUUCUACCAGUGGAGCCGUUCACCAUGGUAGCAGUGAAGAUGUUGAAGGAGGAAGCUUCGGCCGACAUGCAGAAUGAUUUUCAGAGAGAAGCUGCCCUCAUGGCUGAGUUUGAUCACCCCAACAUCGUCCGGCUUCUAGGAGUCUGUGCAGUGGGAAAGCCUAUGUGUUUGAUGUUUGAAUACAUGGCCUAUGGGGACUUAAACGAAUACCUGCGACGGCGCUCCCCAUCACAGCAGCCCAGUUUAAGUUGGGGUAGCCUGACGUGCAGCAGUCUUGCAUCUGAACCAGAGCGUUACCCGCCCCUCAGCUGCCUCGAGCAGCUCUUCAUUUCCAAGCAGGUGGCGGCAGGCAUGGCAUACCUGUCCGAGCGCAAGUUCGUGCACCGUGACCUAGCUACCCGCAACUGCUUGGUCGGAGAAAACCUAGUUGUGAAAAUUGCAGAUUUUGGUCUCUCGCGCAACAUCUACGCGGCUGAUUACUAUAAAGCCGGUGAGAAUGACGCCAUCCCCAUCCGAUGGAUGCCACCCGAAUCCAUCUUCUACAACCGCUACACAAGCGAGUCUGAUGUGUGGGCUUACGGAGUGGUACUAUGGGAGAUAUUUUCAUAUGGUAUGCAACCCUACUACGGCAUGUCCCACGAGGAGGUCAUCUACUACGUACGUGAUGGAAAUGUUCUUGCCUGUCCAGAAAACUGCCCACAGGAGCUGUAUAACCUAAUGCGUCUUUGCUGGAGUGGCUAUCCAACUGACCGACCCAGUUUCGCAAGUAUUCACCGCAUCCUGGAGAGAAUGCAUGACCAGAUGCUCAAAUGUGGCCUCUCUUGAGGAACUCUAAAAACACAGUUUAAAGAAUGAUAAAGCUUUAAGCAUCCCUGUGUUAAGAAACUCAUUAGAAUUUCAAAGAACCUUGAAGGAUGUUCAAGAAGGAUAAAACACUUGAGUGUGUACCUUGAGAAGCCCAAAAAUACACAAGAGCGCAGAGGAAUCUUGAGGAAUAUGAGUUUCAAUAAGCUUUCAACAUAUUGAAAGGAUCAUACACCUAAAAAAAUAUUGAUGCCUCAAACCGUUUGAAGAUGACUGCUCCAUGUCUGCUUGUGUGAUCUUAGUUAUUGUUUUCUUACAAUGAAGUAGACAUACUGUAGACAUAAAAUGUGGGAUAAUCAUGGUUUGAGGCAUUUCAUAUUAUUUAUGUGCAGUCAUUGCAAGAACCUUACAGGGACCUAGACCAGGAAUCUCUGCAAGCAGAGACAUAAAAUAUUAUAUAUGCCUGGUGUUAAGUCCUUUCCUUUGUUUUUGUUUUUUUAUCUGUUUGAAGUUCAGUUGUGAGUACCAUGUAUUUAAUUAUUGUUAAGUAACGUUUAAAAAAAAUCAAGAACAUGGGUAACACUCUACAUUAUUAUUCCCUUUGUUAAGGGUUUAUAAAAGGGUUCAUUAGUUACUAAUUCAUUUAAAAAUGCAUUAUAAAUCAUUGAUAUACAGUUAUAACAACAUGAGUAAAAAGGGCCAGCUACUUGCCUAAUAGUGAGCCAUUUUACCUCACAUGUUAUAAAUACUCAAUAAAUACACUUAUUCAUAAUUAUAUUAAUAAAAAGAACAUAACAUAUCGUAAUUUAUGAUAUAUGUCAAGAUGGAGAAAACCGAUAAAUAUGGUGAGAUUAAAAGUAGGGAUUAUGCCAUUUUGAUACAGUCCGCUUUGUGCUUACAGUAUAUUCAUUACUAUUUAUUUAUGUUGUCUCUUUCCUUGUCACAUUGAUGUAAGAACCUGAUGUCCAAAAAAUUGUGCUACGUUUAUAUUACAUUUAUUUAGGUUAUUAAAGGUGCAUUCAGUAAUUUGGGGCUAAUUUAAAAAGUUUUACACAUUAACAAAUGAAUUAUGUUUUUGUGAAGAGUGAUCUGAAUGGUGUACACUCACAUGAGAUGAAGACUAUACUCAUAAUAGUUGUUUAUAAAAAGUAUUCUUAUUAUAUAUGUUGCGGGUCACCCCCUUCAAUGUACUUCAUCUUGUUGAAAUGACAAGAACAAAAUCCUCAUGCUCUUUGGCUGCCGCCUAUGUAGAUACGCUGGCUAUGCGUAGUGCAGUGUUGUUUUGUGAGGUGAAGAGCAAAAAUAAGACAAUGGAACAACUUUUUAUUGUGCUUUAGAAGCUGAGACAACAGGAGAUUCAGUAGCUGUACAGCUGAAGAAGCAAAGGUCUGAAGCAAGAAGACAAAUAGACCGGUAAAGGCAAAAAUCUAGAGUAAACAUCAGUACGGCAUACACAAGGUAGAAAGAUUUAAUGACGGAGAAAAACACAAGUAGUGAUGCCGAUGUUGCUUCUUUAUGAAAUGGCAUACAUCUCCAUUCAUUUAAUAUCUUGGCACAGCGAUUGGUGUGGAUUUUGAGUAAACCAUGACUUUGGUUCCUUGGAAACAAAACAAGUUCUUCAAAUACAGUAUUCAUGGACAUGCUAAAUUUGAUCAUCAAAAACAAUUCUAAUCUUUCCUUUACCAUAACAUUCUGUAUCGCUAGAUAAUUGAGGUUUAUUUCACACUAAGCAGUUCUCUUAUAAAGGUAAUAACUGUCUUUAGAAAUAACCUGAAACGUAGGCAGUCUCCAAAGAUUAUUGAUAUGAGAGACAAUAAUAAUCUGUCCUUAACUUUAGGAGUCUGUUCUCUUGAAUUCUGACGUUUGUUUUCAGGCAAAGCAAUUAUAUUCUAGUAGUGAUAAACAACUUUUGAGGUAAUAAACAAUUACCUCAAAUUCUGAAAUUUUCCAGAUACAAAUGAUAUUCCAAAGCUGACGGUGACAGCAUAGUUGAUCAUGCUGAUCCACGUCGAUAUAAGGCAUCUAACACCACUGUCACAUCGGUACUUAAAUUACACGAAGAAGAGCAAUGACAAUACUAGCUAGAGAACUACUGAAUGCCCCUUUAAUUGAGAAAAAUUGUUAUUAAGCAUGUAUAACAACGUUAGGUGAAAAUGGCUGACUAUUUUCCAAUUAUUGCAUGAAAGUUGCCUUUUUUUAUUUAUAUUGUUACAAGUGCAUAUUAAUAAUUAAUAAUGCAUUUUUAAAUGAAUUAUAAGUCACUAAUGAACCUACACUGCAAACAAUUAUUUUCAAGGCAAGUAUUUUUGUCUUGGUUUCCUGUAAAUUUAUCUAAACAUUUUUAAAAUGUAAUUGAUAUAUUGUCAAGCAAAAUGGCAUAAGAUAUUGUGUCGUUUUAAGAGAAAUCUAACAAAAUUAAAUGAACUAAACAAGAAAAAAAAUCUAUCAAUGGGGAAGGAACAUUUUUAUUGUUUUCCCUUUGAAUUGAGUUUUCUUUUCUUACCCCAUUGGCAAACAAGUUGUUCUUGUUUUAAGCAUUUAUUUUACCAGAUUCGGUUAGAUUUCAAUCAAAACAAGACUUAAAAUCUUAAGGAAUUUUGCUUGUUAAGUAAUAAAUCAUAUUUUAAGAAUGCUUUGAUAAUUUUACUGGAAAACAAGACAAAAAUACUGGUCUUGAAAAUCCUUUUUUGCAGUGCAUUUUGAAACCCUUAAUAAAGGAAACAAUAAUGUAAGGUGUGACCAUAACUUGAUAUAGUGCUUUAUGCAGAAUAAUGCUGUCAUGUUGACAUUUAAAACAUUAAAUUAGAAUAGUAUAUUCCAAAGUGGCACACCAUCACUUUAUUGUUUAUGUUAUUUAUGUUGUAACUGAAUAGUUUGAUACAUAUUUCACUAAUUGCUGUUCCAAGUUUGUGAAUUUUUGUCUUUCAUUUCUAUUUGCUGUUAAAAGAAGUCAUUAAAACAAUGUAUCAGAGAAAAGACUGCAUAAUAACACAUCUCAAAUUCAUACAAUAGAUAAUGCCACAAAAUGAAUAAAGAUUAAGUUAUGAAUUCUAAUAAUUGUCAAAAAUAGAAAAGAAAAAAAGACUGAAUUUAAGAUAUAAAUGAAUGACUAGUAAGCUUUUUGGCCCUCAUACAUGUUAAAAGGCAAUUAUAAGACAUACACAUAUAUGGCAUGAUAUUUUUGCAUUAUUAUUAUGUUUUUAUUAUUAAAUGAUUUAUAAUCAGCGCUGUUAAUAUAGUGCUCAC